AUGAGUAAAAAACAAGGGUAUACGGACGAAGAAUUGAGAAGAAUAUUAGAAGAAAGUGACUACGAACAAAAUGAUCAGUCAAAUUCAUCGGAUGAACAAGAAAAUGAAGCCGAAGAGAAUAGUGAUGUACCUGAUUUUGACAAUGACGAUAGUGUGGCAGAUCCCGAUUUUUUCCCUAGUGAUUUAUCAUCAGAGUGUCUAGAUAUAAGUCAGCUUGCUAAUUCACACAUUCUCCAUCCCAAUCAAACACAUUCUCCAUCCCAAUCAAUGCCGACUGAACAACUUUUUGAUAGCGAUAUUUUUGAAGGUACGGCGACAUCGCAUCCAUCCACGUCUCGCAAUUUUUUUGACGACAACUCUAAUGACCCUUCUCAUCAAUUUCAAACCACCGUACCACCUAGUUCCGAUUCUGACGACGACAGUGACACUGAAAGAAAUACAGGCCCAAGAACUGGCAUAAGACCAACUACAGAGCGUGGCAUGAAAGAACAUGAUGAGCAAGAAGGAUGGAGUUAUGAGAUUCACCCAUUAGAUCGGCAAAUUUUUAGUAGCGCAGGAGACUUGAUACAUAUUGAAAACAUUCCAGAAACUGCAGAUGUGUUUACAAUAUUUUCUAUUCUAGUUGAUGACAAUGUUUUUGACUUGAUGAUAGAACAGACCAAUAUAUACGCUGAACAACUUAUCACUACUAAUUCUGGUGGUCGUUUGCGUCGUUGGAAACCAGUAAACAGGGAAGAAAUGAAAAAGUUUUUGGGUAUUUACUUGCUGACUGGUAUAAUCAAAUUCCCUACAUUAGAAUGCUACUGGAAAAAGGACCCUAUUUUUUAUCAUCCGCUAAUGCACAAUAUAAAAAUGUCCUACAAUCGUUUUACUGCAAUAUUGCGUUGCUGGCACUUUGUUGACAAUACAGCUGAAAGAGAUGUCAAUGAUCGUUUGUAUAAAGUCAAACCAGUUAUAGACAUUGUGAUGAGAAACUGUAGAAAACUUCUUUCGCCAAAAGACUGCAUUGUUGUGGAUGAGUCAAUGGUUCCCUUCCAAGGCCGACUCCUUAUUCGUCAGUAUAAUCCAAAUAAAACUCACAAGUACGGACUCAAGAUUUACAAGGCUACAACUGAUGAUGGAUAUGUUUGGAAAUAUAAAGUUUAUACCGGCCAGGAUCCUCAAAUUGCGAAUCUCGAUAAACCUGGAAGCGUUGUUGUUGAGCUUUGCGAAGAGCUUUUAGACCAGGGGAGAAUGAUUAUAGCAGAUAAUUGGUACACCAGUUUACCAUUAGCUCAAUACUUGCUACAACGCAAAACUGACCUUUGUGGGACUUUGAGAAAAAAUCGCAAAAACCUACCUUUAUUGGUGAAAAACAAGAAACUGAAGAGGGGAGAGCUAAUUGCUGCACAAAAAAAUAAUGUAACGAUUCUAAAAUGGAAGGACAAGAGGGAUGUCCUUAUGAUAUCUACUUGUCACGCAGACGAACAAACGAUGUGUACAGGCCGAAACCAGCGUCUGAAGCCCAAUAUGAUACUGGAAUACAAUGAUCGAAAGAAAGGUAUCGAUCUUUCUGACGAGUUGGCAAGCUACUAUUCGCCAAUUCGCAAGACCCUGACUUGGUAUAAAAAGGUUGCUGUUGAUGUCUUAUUUGGAGUUCCACAUCUAGAAAGAGUGUGCCGAGCAUGUCGUAUGGCAGCUAGAAGAAUUGUUCAACGACAUUCACAACAGGAUGCAAAUCGAGGUGUUGUUAUACAGGCUCCGGAACCAGAAGCUGUACAGGCUCUUGAACAAGUAGCUGUACAGGCUCCCGAACCAGUAGCUGUACAGACUCCUGAACCACCACCACUUCCACAGCAUGACUUAUUUCAGCCACAAAGGAGGUCAGAAGGGACCAUGCGAUCAUACUUCCGUGAAGGCGAUGUCUUCAUACUAGACAGAGGCUUUAGAGAUGUGGUUGCACAGCUGCAGGGGUACGGAUAUCAGACACAUAUGCCUGAAUCCUUAUUAGAAGGCCACCACGUUGUGUAA